AUGGAUAAAGUGCCUGAGUUUAGAAAGCUAAACGCUUAUAUAUUUCAAAGCAAACAGCCUGUUAUACUGCGCCUCUUACGACCAAGUCAAUUGGAGAUGAGCCAACUGUAUUGGAGUUGGGGAUCAGAUGUUCCUGAAUGUGAUGCACCCAGUUAUUGCCAUGAGAAGGGUAAGCUAGAGGAGAGAGUUUUAUGCUUGGAAAAGCGUACCAGUCAUGCAGACGCGAGGAAGACUAGGGAUGCUGGAGAGGAGAUGAAUAAGACUAAGGAUGGUGGAGAGGAGAGUCCGAAGACUGAGGAUGAGGAUGCUGGAGAGGAGAGUCAGAAGACUGAGGAUGCUGGAGAGGAGAGUGAUAAAACUGAGGAUGAUGGAGUAGCCAAAUCGAGAGAGCAGUGUGUACAAAAUGAUAAAGAAGAGGUGCAAUAUACACCCUCGGAUAUAAAUUGGGAUGAUCCGGGUGUGGUGUGUGUCACCCUUGUUAAAUUUCUUACGAAUCCUCCUCGAAAGAUUGACAUGUCCACUGCUGAGGGUGAAUGUGGCGAAGAUGUUAUAGUUGGGGUCCGGCAAAAGAAGGUUCGGUGA